GAACGGACGAACGGAACGUGAAAAUCGAUUGAUAAGGCAGCAACAGUAACGAAUAAAAUAUAAACAACAAUAUACUAUAUAUAGGGUACAUAUAGAUCAAGCACCUUAUACAAAGCAUCGUGCAACGUUUCAUUCACAGUUGCCGAACUAUGGAUAAACUUUGGCAAGAGUUCAAGUCGUUUCUGAAGACGUUGCUCUGCUUUCUGCUGGCAUUGUUGUUGCUGCCUUUGUUGCUGUUGUCAUUUCUAUGCGCCCACUUCGGCAACGAGCUGGCCAACUACGUGCUGAGCAUCAAGUAUCCCAAUCUGACAAUAUCCAAUUCGAAAAAGAUACGCAGCAUGAUCGACACUCCCAAGAAUGCAGGCAUCUUUCACUUUCUGCUGCAGGUGGAGGGACCCUGCUGUUUCGAACGGAUCAAGCAGCAAUAUGCCGCUCAGCUGACGGACCUGCGCGACAAGACGGGCAUGCUGCGCUUUCCCAAGCUGCGCCAGAAGCUGGUCACAUGCUGGGGUCAAUACGCAUGGGUGAACGAUAGCAGCGGUUUCAGUAUCAAUAACCAUGUUCUGCUCAGCACCCACAAGUAUCGCGGCCGUGCGGUCAACGAAUCGAACAUUCAGGAGUAUGUAAGCGAAUUGGCUACCAAAUACAUACCCUCCGACCUACCACAAUGGCAGGUGAUCGUCAUACCUACCACAUUAGCAAAUACCUCGACUUCGGAAGGAGAGUCGCCAGAAGCGAAUUCUUCACCGGAGAGAUAUUACAUUUUGGUAAAAGUGCAUCAUUUGAUAAUUGCGGAGGAGGAUGACUUGCAUGUUAGUGAAAUGCUCCAGCUGCAGGACACAGAGCGACGUGCUGUGCUUGAUAUGGAGGAGCUAGAUCAGCCACCUAGUCAUCAACUUUCUCACUUUGUGCGUCAGCCACAGCACAUUCGUAAGCUGGUGAAGCGCUUGGUGCGUCUCGUCGUCUGCCGCUGGCAACAGUUCAUCUACGAAUUUGAAUCGCUGGAAACCCCCGAUGGAUAUACCCGCGUUCAGGUGCGCGAUCUUAGCCAGCUGUUGUCGUUAGCCCUGAUUGUCAUCGUGAAUGUGGUGCUGGGCUAUAGGCAUACGAUGGAUAUGCGUAGGAAGAUGCAGCGAAGAUUCAGUGGCUAUCGCAAUGGCAUGGGUCGUUUGCAGACCAUUCAAGCGAUUUUAAGACGUGAGUGUGAGCAGAGAAAUCUCAAUUGGGAGUUGGCAACAGCAGCGUUGAGCCACAGCCUACAGCCAGCCAACAUCGCAAAGGCGUGGACCAAGUUUGUGUGGCGCCUUAAUAUGAACAAUGUGCUAUUGUUGCCCUAUCACAUUUACUGCGAGCUAAUGGCUCUUUGGGAUGUUUGCUUUCGCGGACGCACCAAUUUCACGGACACCUAUUGCGCUCGACUACAUCUCUAUGUCCCGCUGCUACUCUACGCGCAGCUGGAGCUGCUGAAGAUCUGCUAUGAGUUGUUCAAGGCACCUAGAAACAUUUACGAAGUGCUGUUUGUGCAGCCUACGCGGGAGCUCAACAUUCUGCACAAGAAAUCCUAUGCGGGUCGCAAGAUUGUCUCCUUUAGCAAGUCUAUAGAUGGUGCUGCAUUGCGUGCUCGUCAUAAGUUUGGCGAAAAGCUGCGUGAGUCUGACUUUAGUUUGACCUGCUUGGCGGGUGCGGUGCACGAUUAUCUGGAGACCUUUGCGCAAGAAUUGCCGGUGCCAAGUCUGCUGAAUACAACGUGCCGGACCGUGGAGAAGGGUUACUUCACUGAUCGUACGGGCGAUAAGUUGGACCACAUUGGUGGGGUGGUGUUCUUGCAGUUGCCACUUCGUCUGCCGGAUGCUUUGCAUGCCCAACAGCUGCAUGCGAUUGUGGAGGGAAUUAGGCAGCAACAGAUUAUUAUUUAUCUGGCCUCUAUUGGACAGACCAAGUAUAGUGUGCUGACCGCUCUGUUCCCGCAUGUGCUCACGAAGAUCUUCAUCAAUUUCUUCUCAAAUAACUUUCCUAUCACCAUAACGGAGAUUUAUGGCGCAACGAGCGAAUUUCAGUCCACCUGGGGUCAACGUGUCGAGGAUGUGUUGCUAUUCCGUCCCCCACAAUCCAAGACCUGUCUCUCGCUGAAUCUGCAUCGUUUUGGCGACAAAUAUCGACUGGCUAUUAUGGCCGAUACGCAUCUGGCACCCGAUCACACAAUCAUCACUCGUUCUUUCGAGCAUUAUAUGGAAACGGUAACCCUUUGAUUAAUAUGUCAGGUUUUGUGUAUUGGGGGUUUGUAAGUCUGUCUAUAAGUUAUGAAAAUAAUAAAGUGAGAGAGGACAAGUUGAACAUUAUAUAGUUCCGCCUUGGCCCAUGGAUGAAGUAAGAAA